GCUAAGUUGGUAAAGGAAAAGAACUGCAAGCCUGGCCGGAAAGUUUGCCUUUCUGUGGCCUCAGGCAAAAGAGUCCGAAAAGCACCAGAGGACAUUUUUUGCCGGAAUGGUCAGUCCCUAAAUCCAGACGCCGAGGGGGAGGAGCCCACGCAGAGUCCCGCCCCGCGUCCAGUAAACUCCAGGCGUCGCUGGCGUGGCCGCUGGCAUUCCGGGAGCCGGGAGUAGCCGCACGUCCGAACUUCCCCAAUGGUUUCGGUGAGCAGAAGCGCGUUUGGAGAGCUGCCCUCGGCCGGAGGGGCGGUGGAGAAGUUCCAGCUGCGGUCCGACCAGCUGAGAGUGGACGUCAUCUCCUGGGGCUGCACGAUCACGGCUCUGGAGGUCAGAGACAGGCAGGGGAAAGCCUCCGACGUGGUGCUCGGCUUUGCCGAGUUGGAAGGGUACCUCCAAAAGCAGCCCUACUUUGGAGCAGUGGUUGGGAGAGUGGCCAACCGGAUUGCCAAAGGGACAUUCACGUUGGAUGGGAAGAAGUACCAGCUGCCGAUCAACAGGGAGCCCAACAGUCUGCAUGGAGGACUCAGAGGGUUUGAUAAGGUCCUCUGGACACCUCAAGUGCUGUCCAAUGGUGUCCGGUUUUCCCGCAUCAGUCCGGACGGUGAGGAAGGCUACCCUGGGGAGCUGAAAGUCUGGGUGACGUAUACUCUGGAUGGUGGGGAGCUCAUGGUCAACUAUAGAGCACAGGCCAGCCAGGCCACGCCGGUUAAUCUGACCAACCAUUCUUAUUUCAACCUGGCGGGCCAGGGCUCCCCAAACAUAUAUGACCAUGAAGUCACCAUAGACGCAGAUACAUUUUUACCUGUGGAUGAAACUCUGAUUCCUACAGUCACCCCUCGUAUCAUGAGCGUCCAGGAUAGAGAACACUCCACUGCCAGGAGUACCAGUACCAGAUCCCUGCCCCACGGUGACUGGCAUUCAGCUUGGAGACUUGAUUCUAGUGUCCUGCCCUGUGGUGACAAAGAGCUACUGGCCCAGCUCUGCCUACAACUGGCCCCCGGUACCUUGCUCAAGUACUGAGCCAGCUACCCGUGAGUCGGUGAGAAAAUCCAAUCCAGAUUUCCCCAGGGAUGAAUUCAUUCCCAGGAUUGUAAAUACUACCUUCACCCACUCACCGUACAGAGUGGUGAGCAGAGGAGACAGACAGGGUGAAGUGCCUGGCAGGACCCCACCAUUGUACACGGCGCAGAGCAGGACUGCACACGUUCUCUAUUUCUUUGCAUUCUGCUGCUCUUUAUUUGUAGUAGCAGGUAAGGGCCUCCCUGGCAACGGUGAGGCCCUGAGUUUGAUUCCCGAUAACCAAACAAAGGGAAAAAAAAAAAAAGCAAAUACGAAUGCUUUGACCGGAGCUUGUGCCUCUUACAGUACCUUUAGUAAAAUCUUUUUUUCUUCCUUGAGAAAAGACACCUUUUAUUUUUGUAAAAAUUUAUGCAAGUUUUAUUUUUGAAAAACUUCAGAUCUCUGUCUCCCAGCCCAUCUGCAUCUACCCUGUGUUCUCACUGCUUUCAGUUUGUGAAAGCUCGUUCUAAAAUUACACGAAAGCAGCCCCGUUCUGACAAAACUAGGGUUCCAGGGGGAAAGCCUUACACCGUGAGGCUGGGGAGAGAAGCCCAGCAAGACUUUCCUGCUUCAUUUCAACCUCUUUCAGCUCAACCUACAGUUUGGCCGAUGACAGAGUUACUUCCCCAAGGCAGGUGUUUGUCUCUGGUUGGAGAAAUAACUGGCUCCAAAGUAGUCCCCUGUUUGAAAGAUGCUGCAGAUGGAGCCUCUGUUCAUCCUCAUGUGCUGGCGUCGGGGCUUUCAUCUCUCUGGAGCUCCUGACAGAAAAUUCCCUGAGACUUUCUAUUACCAGGCACGGCAUUUGUUUGAAUCCUCUGGGGCUGUGCUUCUGUCUUGUUUACCUUCUCUCCCUGUGAUUCAUCCUGCUCAUGUUUAACACCAGAGCGUUUCUCAAAUCUGUGUCCUCAGUACGUCUCACUGGUGAUCCGACUCCACCUUCGUCGGCACUGCCCUGGCUCCAGCCGUCUUUCUCAUCCAGAUCCGUGCCUGGCUUGUAUUAUGGGCUUCAUAAAUCGGGGUCGGUGAAUGAAUGAAUGAGUCUAGGCAGUUGCUCUCUUAUAUAAAAACAAGUUAAGGUUUAUCUUCUGUAUGGUUCCUAAGGGUGUCUCUCUAACAUGCAAAGCAUAAAAGACCUUUCAGACGGCUACCAGGCCUCUCCAACAGCUGCCCUCCAGGGCGUCUCUCCCUGCAGCUCACCCACACCUGACCAGUUUCUGCACAUCCCUCCUGCCCCACUGCCACCUACUGGGACCCCAAAUACCCGCUUCUUUCUUUUUUUUUUUAAGAGUAGGAAAUUUUAUUGAGGGAAAGGCAGGUCCUCCUAAGAGAGACAGGAGGGGACCCAGAAAAUGGGUUGCCCAGGAGCUCACUUCUCAGGGGAAGUUUUAUAGAGCAAAAUCAUGAAGUGAGUACAAGAUGGAACAAACUGUGAUCAACCAGUAAGAUUAUGAAUACAGUCGCUGAGGUAAUAUUGGUCCAGUGGGGAAGCAGGUCACGUAGCAGGCGUGCAUGGGAAGAAGAAGGGCCUUUCCUGGAAGGGAUGGGCCAGGAAGUCUUAGUCCCCCCCCCAGGUGACUCAUGCCUAUUUAGAAUAUUGAUCAUAGUUGCUUAUCCUGCAGUAAGUACCUAGGUGUAGUCAUUCUACCUUUAUCUUAACGCCUGGCUGUGAAUGUGCCUCUAGCCACAGUUGUAAUGUGUCCUUAUCUUCUGCACUGACUUCUUCAGGGCCUACCCUUGUCCAACUGCCUAUAAUGUUUUUACCUAACUUAGCUACCUGUAAUAUUCCUCCUUCUGAAGAAGUACCCCUAAUUGUCAUGAGGGGGCAAGGGGCAAUGAUCAUGCUGGCUAUUUCAGGCUGAAGGAGGUUAUAGUUGUGAUCAGCAGUCAAACAUACUCUACCGAGGGUCUAUCUAAAGACCCUCAAUAGACCCCAGGUGUUCUUGUCUUGGGUAGGUGUACAGCUCUAAGUUUGAAGGAGACAAAGCCAAAGAAACAGUUAAGUAUGCACAGGCCAAAUAAUAAGAUCAAUAAAGUUAUUAUUUAUAUAGCCAACACACAAAAGUUUUUUUACCAGGAAGAGCUGGUAAUAACCUCCCACAAAAGGCUAAGGAAAAGGUCUAGGGAAAGGGCCAGUAAUAGCCUCCCACAAAAAGGGUAAGGAGGUCUAGGGAAUUUUAGAAUCUGAUAUGGCAUUAACCUGCCAUUUAAUAUCUUAGAUAGCCAUUGAGAUAUUACCAGAAGGGUCAGGAAUGUACACACAACAUUCAGCUUUUACAAUUGCACAAGUAUCCCUGUGUGCUGCUAUUAGAAGUCAAAUGCCAUCUGAUUUUGGUGGAUGGCUUGCCUCAUUAAUUUUACUUCUUCAUUUUGGAGAGAGACACCAAUCGAGGUGUCAUUUAAGGCCUGCUGAGUAUAGUCAAGGCCUCCAUGUAUUGUGUAACAUCCUCUAAUUCUAGAAAGGGAUAAAGAUAGAAGUCAGAUAAUCAUACAAAUGAAACUCACUUUUGGAGCAUCAGUGUUGUAGAUGGAGUAAAUUUGCAGGUUUGCCAAUACUUGUAACACUCUUGCCUUGUAGCCACACAAGUCCCAGCAUGCAUCUCUCUAUCCAUCUGGGGGCGUCCAGGGCCACAAAUUGGUUCUGCAUGCCCAGUGAGUGCCACUGGGGGCUUCCCAUCUAAUUCCAGGGUGAUUAAACCAGUCUGUUGCAAACCAGUCUUCGACCUGUAAAGUUAUGGUGUGUAUACACUGUUCAAGAGGUGUGCAUUCCUUGUAUUUAGCAGAGUUUGGCCAAUGAGGAGUGAUUUCUCUGUUCCCAACAUAAGGGGGCCUUUCUACUAAGGUGUCCUACACUAAGGGUUAACGGUAUAUAGUAAUCAUCAGUAUAAAUAUUGACCUUUUAUCCUUCACUGGGUUGUAAAGCCCUGGUUAGAGCUAUGAGUUCUGCUAGCUGAGCACUAGUCUCAGGGGCAAGUGAGGAACUUUCAAGUGUCUGAUGUAGAGUCCCCUUCUUUAUCUUGCCCAUCCAUCAAGACUCACACUUUCUCCUUGGAAAUCUUGUCCCCAUUUCCUGGAAACAAUAGAUUGUCUUUUUUUUUAAUUAACUAGGUUUAUUGGUACAUUUUACAUAUACAUAAUGAUCACAUUCGUUACAGGGGAUCAUCCCUCGUGUGUGGUUUUUAUAAUGACACAAACUCUUUAGAGCUCAUCGCAUGCCCAGGCUCCCCUCUGCCCCUUCCCAAGUCUUCCUCAGACCACCUAUCGGGAUUUAACUGUAGAUCCGAAGUAGGGAGCUUCAGGUUUGGUCUGUCUGGGUUGAAGCUGGAAAACUAAUCUAUGCUAGACACAGAAAUCAAACCACGCAAGAGCCAAUCCGUAUAUUGUAGGGACAGCAACUCUUCUUUCCCCCAGAGCCAGUCUCAUCACUCUCGCCACUUUAUAGUUGUUGUAAACACUGUAUGCUAAUGCAGUAUGGUGUGAGAACUGGGAUUCAGAGAACCACAUAAGGGUUUCAGUUCUGCUUCCCUCCAGGUAUCAGCCAUGAAAACUCUCCCAGCCUCAUCAACCAAAUCUGCAAAAUCUGAUUACCUGGGGAUUGAGGGAGGCAAACUCUUGAGAUCCUGUCCAUGUCUAACAUGCUAAUUCAAAGACCACGUGGGGGCUGGGAAUGUAGCUCAGUGUGAGGGGCCUAGCACAUACGAGGGUUCAAUGCCUAUAAAAGCAUAUACGAGGCCCUGGGUUCAGGGCACCUAAAAAUAAAAUAAUGAGAAAAAAAGAAAGAAAAAGGACUGCUGUCUGACCUCUGAACAGCAACAAUAAAAGCCUGAAGGCUGCACAGAACCUAUUAACCUGUGUGUACAGGUAGAUGAUGAAAGAAUUUCAAGGGAUCCAGGGACCCCUGAAAUGCUAUGGAAAACCCUAUGUGUUGGCCAUGUCAUCUUGGUCCACGUGGGGAUUUUCUUGCCUUUGCUUUCUCUCAGGGUAAUGAUAGCUUAUGGCUGCCCUACUGUACAUUAACAUGCAUAAAGAAAGUGAUUGGUUUUUGGUUUUUGUCU